CUAUUUGUUAGCGGCUGUUUUAUUUUGGUUAUGCUCACGUUUGUCACAUCCGCAAUUGCGUUACGGCAUAUUUUUAGCAAUAAAAGUGUAAUUUUGCGAGGUGCCGGCAUAGAAAGAACUCGUUACCGUUGCAUAAUGGUUGAUGCCAAGUUGGAAGCUGUACCACCGGUUGAAAUCGACGAAGGUAUUUUUAAGUACAUUCUGAUAAAAGUUUACGGCAAAGAAAAAGCUGACGGAAGCGAACCGAGCAAGAAUAUUGUACGUGGUUUUGCCCGAGCACAGUGGCACUCGGACAUCUAUGAGGAGGUAAGCGGAUCGCUAGCCGGUCUGGGACUGGAAACGGAAUGCCUCGGUGGAGGACGGAUCGAGCACCGGCCGGACGAGAAACUAAUCAAAGUGUACGGCUACUCUCAAGGGUACGGCAAGGCGGACCAUCAAGAAUCGAGGCGCAUUCUGCUGACGAAAUACACCGGAUAUCAGAUUGAGACGUCCGACGAAGGGUACUGAUUGGAGCUAAAUUUAGAUGAGCCCCUUAAGGAGGGCUACAAUGAUAUUUAAUUUAUCCCUCACUGGGUAUUUCACGACAGUAAAUUCGUCUACUAUUUGU